UGGACAUGAGCGCUUAAAUGACGGCGCAUGCGCUGUGGGGCCCCUGGAUUUUCGGAGGGAAAGUUGUUCCAGAAGAUUCCUCGAACGAGGCGUCGAGGUGAAAGAUGCAUGAAUGUAUCUCCAUCCACAUUGGCCAGGCUGGUGUCCAGAUGGGCAAUGCCUGCUGGGAGCUGUACUGCUUAGAACACGGUAUCCGGCCUGAUGGUAUUAUGCACAGGGGCUGGGCUUACGGAGCUGCAGAUAACUCCUACGUUACUUUCUUCAGUGAGACAGGUGCUGGAAAACUUGUCCCAAGAGCUAUGUUUAUUGACUUAGAGCCAACUGUGAUUGAUGAGGUCCGUACUGGUACCUAUCGACAACUAUUCCACCCUGAGCAGCUCAUUACUGGCAAGGAAGAUGCUGCCAACAACUAUGCCCGUGGGCACUACACCAUUGGCAGAGAGAUCGUUGAUCUGGCGCUGGACAGAAUACGCAAACUGGCUGAUGAUUGCACUGGACUCCAGGGUUUCCUCUUGUUCCAUAGCUUUGGUGGAGGCACCGGUUCUGGUUUCACUUCCCUUUUGAUGCAGUGUCUUACUGUCGACUACGGCAAGAAAACCAAAUUUGAAUUUACCAUCUAUCCAGCUCCUCAGAUCUCAACAGCUGUAGUUGAACCCUACAAUGCCAUCCUCACAACCCACACCACUCUUGAACAUUCUGACUGUUGCUUCAUUGCAGACAAUGAAGCCCUUUAUGACAUCUGCCGCAGAAAUUUGGACAUUGAACGUCCGACCUACACCAACCUGAACCGGCUGCUCGCUCAGGUUGUGUCCUGUAUUACGUGCUCCCUUCGCUUUGAAGGUGCUUUGAAUGUUGAUCUUAUAGAGUUCCAGACAAACUUGGUUCCAUAUCCACGCAUCCACUUUCCUCUGAUUGCCUACGCCCCUGUCAUCUCUGCUGAGAAGGCUUACCACGAGCAACUCUCGGUGGCUCAGCUCACCAAUGCUUGUUUUGAGCCAGCCAACCAGAUGGUCAAAUGUGACCCUCGCAAUGGCAAGUACAUGGCUGUAAGUAUGCUCUAUCGAGGGGACGUGGUGCCAAAAGAUGUCAAUUCUGCUAUUGCCUCCAUCAAGACCAAACGUUCCAUUAGAUUUGUGGACUGGUGUCCAACUGGUUUCAAGGUUGGCAUCAAUUACCAGCCUCCAACUGUUGUACCUGGUGGGGACCUGGCCAAGGUGCUACGUGCCGUGUGUAUGUUGAGUAACAGCACAGCCAUUGCUGAAGCCUGGGCUCGCCUCAAUCACAAGUUUGAUCUGAUGUACGCCAAGCGUGCCUUUGUACAUUGGUACGUGGGUGAGGGGAUGGAAGAAGGGGAGUUCUCAGAAGCUCGUGAUGAUUUGGCAGCCCUGGAGAAAGACUAUGAAGAAGUUGGUAUUGACAGUGCUGAACUUGACCGUGAGGAAUAUUAGAAGACUUAAAACUUUGUUCCAAAGAUGAAGCUAGCAAGGGUUAAUAAAGGAUUAGCUUUUCUGGUCUCUGCAGUUUUCUAUCAUGUCUGUAACCACAGAAGCAUUUCUUGCAUUAUUGACUUAAAAAUAGAGACUAUAGUGGACUUGAUUAAGUGGUGGUGUCUAGGACUACACUCGUGUUAGUUAAAAUAGUGAGUGUAGCUGGGCCAUAGUAGUUCACUUUGUCCUGCAGCAGUAGAUGUACUGAACAAUACAAGAUCCUGAGUGGUAUCGAGAAGGCAAAUGUGGAAAGAAUGCUUCCUCUUGUGGGUGACUUCAGAACUGGAGGUACAGUUUAAAAAUUAGGGGUCACCUAGGAAAGAGAUGAGACUUUUUUUUUGCUCAGAGCGUUGUGUGACUUAAGAACUCUCUUCCUCAGAAGGUAGUGAAGGUGGGGUUAUUGAAUAUUUUCAAGGUGGAAAUCGAUACAUUCCUGAUGGGCAAGGGAAUCAGACAUUUUUUGGGAGUAGGAGGGACUUUAGAAUUCAAAGCACAAAACACAGCAUGAUCUUGUUAAAUGUCAGAGCAGGAUUAAUGAUCUGCUUUCAGCUCCUAAUUUUUAUGUUUGUAUGCAUAACUGGCCUCAGCGCAACCAGAUUGGCAAAAUUGAUCAGGGUGCUAGUGUCCUUGACAGUCUCCAUGCUGGCUAUGCAUUGGUCAUCCUUUGAAAUUAUUGUGCAACACACCAGCCAAAAAUUAAAACAUCAGCAUGUUUAAACAAAUAGUCUGUGGACUUCAAAAGACUUAUUAAAGGCAAUGUUGCGGGGUGUCUGUUUCUGAUCCUCCCCCAGAAAUGUCCAGAUCAGGCCAGAACAGGGUAGGGCUCUGCUCUGAUACACCUUUUAUUUGAUUCCUCUGUUGUCAAACGCCACAGACUCCUAUGUGAAUGAACAUCUCAUCCUUUGGAAUGACACUGCAGCCAGCAAUCAGUGCUUGUAGGUGGAGGAUGUGAAUGUGUGGAAGGGAAGAAAGUUAGCAGGAGAAAAAAAAGAAAAAAGAUCUUGCUGUUUGUAAUGUUUUUACUGCAGUAAUAGCACUGGGAACUAAAUUAAUUUCCCAGACAUUAGCCAUUAAUUGUGCAUGUGAAUAAACAGUAUAACUGGACACUCAAGUCAGAACAAUAAUCAGUUAUUUCCUGAUCCAAUGGGGACACAAAUCUUCUAUGAUACCUUG